AUGAGUGGAGGGGCCCGUCCCAGAAAUGUCGUCGCCGCGAACAAGGCAAUUGCCGGAGCUCGGACAUGGAGACUUGCCUUGCAUCGGCUUGGCGACUUUCGGAUCCUUCUUCUGGAGAAGGAUGCCAUCAGCUUCAACUCGGCCAUCGGGGGAUGCCGGGCAUCCUGGCGCCGCGCGGGACGCCUGCUGGGCCAUGCUGUCGAUGCCAGCUUGGCAGACAGCAUCACCUUCAGCGCCACGAUCGCAUCCCUGCCGUCCUGGAGACUCGCCCUCACGUUGCUGACGGAGGCUUUGCUUCUUCCUAGCCUUCCGGGUGAGCGGUUUUUUUCCAGCGUGGUGAACUCAGCUGCCGCCCUGUCCAGUGGCCUCCGAACGGCCAGCGGCCAAUGGUUCGAUCAUCCGAUCCGCUGGAAGACAUCGCUUGGCUUGCUCAGGGCUGCGGAGAAGCUAAAUAUCGAGCUCGACGUCGCCAGUCAUAAUAUCCGACUGGGGUUUCAAACCAAAGCUGCAGAUUGGCAGGCCGCUUUCGUGUCCUUCUCGGACAUGAGUCGGUGUUUCUUGACCCCGGACAACAUUUCUUCCAGUACACUUUUCCAAAAGCUGCCUUGGGCAGCUUGUUUCUGCAUCCUCUCAGAGCGACUUUCCGCCGGAUUGCGACCCUCCGAGUCAGUCCUCAAAGCCCUGGCAGAUGCCCUCGAACCGCAGCGACUCUGGCAAGUGGCUCUGGAGUUGCUGGAUGGCCGUCGGCACCAGGUGCACAUUGGGCCCAUGACUCGAUUGCACAACGGCGUGUUGAACACGUGUGCUGCUGCGGCACGAUGGGAAGAGGCUUUGCAAGCGUUGGGACAAACCCGCGGCGCGACAGAGCUGAGUUUUCUUCCGACUAUCAGCGCAACUGCACGGCAGCAAGAAGCAGCUGUUGCGCAGCAGCUGUUGUCCGAGAUGCAACAAAGAUCCUUGCAAAGGACGGCUGAAACCUUCACAUCAGCCAUGGGCGCGACCGACGACACGUGGGGCCGCAGCAGCAGUCAUCUCGAGGCGGGUUGGCCAUGGGCCUUGCAGAUGAUGCAAGACAUGGUUGGCGCCCUUACCCGUGUAGAUGCCGUCGCCAUGAAUGUGCCGCUGAACAAGUGUGUGCGAGCACAGAGCUGGGCAAUAGCAUUGGGGCUUGCCGACGCUUUCCGCACCAUAGGCGUCCUCGCAACAGCCGUCACCGAUGCGGCCCUCGUCAUGGCACAUGCUGUGUCAGAUCUGUGGCAACGUUCGGUGACGCGAAUGGGCUCUGUCAAGCACCGCUCCGUGGUCACGCUGAACCCAUUGCUCGAUGCCUGCGGACGUGGAGCUUGGGAGGUGGCCUUGGGGAGCUGCCAAGAAGCCGGGGCCGCUCGUAUUCGGCUGGACACCAUCAGCGUCAACUCUGCCAUCAGUGCUUGCGCUGCCGUGGGGAAGUGGCUCGAGGCGUCCUCACUGUUGCGAUGUGCCGGCUUGGAGAGUCUCCAGGCGGAUGCUUGGACGGUCGAUUCGCUGAUCAGUGCCGCAGGUACCGAUCUCGUGUGGGAUGUGACGGUGGAUCUCCUGGUUCGUUCUCGGAAUCGAGGAAUCGAGCCCGGGCUGGCGGGUGCAGCGGCCUCCGUGGAUGCGUGCUGCCACUCCACGGACCACGGCUCCUGGGCGGCGGGGCUUCGCCUUGGCGCAUGGAUGUUCUCUCAGAGACUGGAGCCGCAUGCCAUGAGCCAGAGCUUGUUACUCAUGGAGUGUGAGCAGCGCGGGGCGUCUGGGCCGGAGCGCUUCCUUCUGCAAACGCAGGUGCCGCGGUUUCGUGGCACAGAUGGUGCAGUUACGAGAGUGCACAUGGCGAUGACGCCCGCGGCGAUGAAUGCUUACACGAAUGACAACAUUGCAGAUGUUGCCAUCGGAGUGGCGCGGAGCGAGGGCAGCGUGAGGCACAGGCGGAGCAUCGACUCGGGUAUGGAGAGCUCGGACGAUGAGGAGCGCGUCUCGUACUCCUUCCCAGGGGAGCGGAUCGCCCGCUUCUCGCCGUCCUUCGCCGGCAGUCCCUACCGGGAUCCGGCCACGGAGUCCAAAGCCCCGGAGUCAGAUGAGAAGGGCCUCUUCUCCUUCGCCUCGAAGCUCUUUGAAAUGUUGGGGGUUCCUCUAAGUCAGCCGGAAGCGCCCAAAGUCGAAGCGAAGGGCUUCACUCCUAGCGAGACAGCCAUCAUUUUCGACUGGGACGAUACUCUCUUCCCGACCUGGCAUGCCUUGGAGGUGAAAGAGCAUCGUUUGCCCGGGGACAAGGCUUUUCGCGACUCACUGGAUCAGCUAACGAACACGGUCCGCGACCUCCUGACGCAGGCGCGCGCGUGUGGCCGUGUGGCGAUCGUCACACUCUCGCGGCGACCUUGGGUGGCGGAGUCAGCAGCCGAAUUCAUGCCGAGCUUGAAGAUUGAAGCCCUGCUUGACGAGUUGCAGAUUCCUCUUAUCUACUCGCGGGAGUGCGUGAAGAAGCACCACAUGAGAAGCCCGGACGGCGAGUUCGAGGAGGGCGUUUGCCCCCUAACCAUGGCCAAGGAGCAGGCCAUGAAGAAGGUCUUGAAGCGGCUUUAUGGAAAGAACCCCUGGAAGAAUGUCCUCUCGAUCGGAGAUUCUGUUACCGAGAAGGAUGCCAUCACUGAGCUGCACUGGGCCAUCAUGGGCGAAGAUUCAAAGAGCUGCUGCAAGACCCUGAAGAUGCUUCACAACCCGACUCUUGCGCAGCUACAGAUGGAGCUCACGGUGAUCAAGGAUGCCUUGCCCAACAUGGCCAAGCGUGCGGAAGACUUUACCUGGGCCGUGGAUGAGCAGGGCUUGAUCGGGGCCUAG